AUGGAGAAAUCGGAUGUAUUUGACUAUGAAAAGUUUAAGGAGUCUUCUUUUAAAUCGAUCGAUUAUCCGGAAACAUAUAAUGCACGUGCUUUCUGUGAUGUUCUUCUCAAACUGCUUGAUGAAUUGCAUGUAGUAGCUGUUCAUCUCGUCGGUUCUUCCCUUGGUGGUUUUCUUGCGCAGAAGUUCUACGAACUUUCUGGAAAACCUAGUGCUUGCGUCAAAUCUCUGAUUCUCUGCAAUACAUUCAUCGACACCUACUCUUUUGAAUCGCGAUUUUCGUUUUGGAUGUUACCGGUAUCCAUGCUGAGGAUGACCUUCGAGUACCCCUCCGUUCCCACUGAUGCUGAUGAAUAUAUCAAGACUUCAGUCGACCUGGCGAAACAGCAGACAUUUAAAAUGUCUCAAUCUGAAUUGGCAUCUCGACUCACAAUGGCCUGCACGACAGAUAAGGUUGCAGUAGAAAAAUUGCGAGACGCUGAUAUCACCAUCGUUGAGGUGAGUUUUGAAACCUUAGCAUCCUCCCAUUUUUGUUCUAUCCAGUUAAAGACAGAUCUGUUUAUUAGACAAGAGAGUGUUACUUACAAAGAGCAAGAUGCAGUUGUCAUCCUUGGUACACAUCUUGAUACAGUACCGAGACAAGCAACAAUAGGAUUUCUUGUUGUGCUUCAUGAGGGGACAGAAAAUCGUAAGCGAUUCAUGCUGAAGGAAGUGGUGAAACAAGGUUCAGUUGGGCUACUGUUUAUCCCCAAUACCGUAGCUCCUGUGAUACGUUACCGUAUUAUGGUUUGCCCAUUCACCCCUGUUCAGGUUGGUGAUCUAGACACGACGUACAAAAGGCUCUACGAGGGCGUGCAUAGGGCCUACCCCGAGGCCAAGGUCGCCAGCAUAGACACCGGAGGACACUUUCCCUUUCUCAGUCGCCACGAUGAGUUUGCCGCCUACAUGAGGAUGCACUUCGAACCCUACAUGAACACGCCCUUCUUUCCAGCCUUUUUAGAAGACGGCAACUACUAA